UGCACGUGAAGGUCAAUUCUGCACUCUCUCUCCAUGUAGUUGGCUGGUGACAUUCCUUGGUAGAAGAAUGGCUACUUGUAAAUCCACGAUUGAGUGUCCAUGCAGGUUACAAUGUUCCCUACAGAGAGCGGCAGAAUUCUGCCUCCAUCUGUCUCUGGCGUGUUUGUGACUCACCAGACAAAACCGCUCUCUGAAACGCUCCGGGCUAUGAAGAAGGCCAAAUGGACUAAACCAGUGGUUCCCAACCUGUGGUCCGCAACAGUGCUGCAGGGGGUCGGUGGAAAGUUUAAAAGUAGGGACCAACGGGAUCAUCUCCACCCAGGAUUUCCCCAGGGAGACCCAGUAGGGACCAACGGGAUCAUCUCCACCCAGGAUUUCCCCAGGGAGACCCAGUACGUGGACGACGACUUCCCCACCGACUUCCCGGCCAUCGCCCCCUUCUUGUCCGACAUCGACACCAGCGGCGGCAGGGGGAAGGUCUUUUACCGGGAGGAGGAGUCCCCCGAGGUGCUGGCCCAGGCCGCUGGCCUCAUCCAGGCUGCCUUUCCGGGGGCCUUCUCUCCCACCCGGGCCUUCAUCGCCACCUGGGAGGACGUGGGGGCCUAUGAGGAAGUCUCUGGAAACGCGGCGCCCACCGAGAAACUGAACACCUUCCAGGCAGUCUUAGCCUACAAUGACUCGGACAGCUACGCCCUCUUCCUUUAUCCCGCCGACGGCCUUCAGUUCUUUGGGACUCGCCCCAAAGAGUCUUACAACGUCCAGCUAGAGCUGCCUGCCCGGGUGGGCUUCAGCAGAGGCGACACGGCUCACCUGAAGGGAGAGGGGCCGUAUUACACCCUCACCAGCAGCGAGCAGUCUGUGAAAAAUCUCUACCAAACAAGCAACUCGGGGAUUCCCGGCGUAUGGGCCUUCCACAUCGGCAGCACCUCCCUGCUGGACAAUGUCGUGCCGGCUAGAGUGGGCGAGAAGCCUUCCGAAGGGCGUUCCUGGGAGCCUCCGGAGAGCACGCUCGGUAGCGCCGCCGUGGAGCAGAUCGUCGUGGAAGCGGACUACCCCGAUGAGAAUAUCGACUAUCCCGACCCGUUUUACAGUGAGAACGAAGACGACGACCUCGAGUACCCGACCGAGCCGGAGCCUGAGGUGCCGUACGGCGAGCCAGGACGCUCUGGUACUAGGUUGGCUUCGGAGCUGGAGUCCACACUGCCGGCUCCGGUGUCCAGCCCUCGCCCGGCCUUUCCUGAGGUGAAAUCUGUCCCGUCGUCUCCCGGGCUGAAGGAGAGGCCGUCCCAGGUGCCUCCUUUGGAAGGCGAGGUGGAAUCCUCUCAGGAAACGGGAGUCGGAAGCCCAACCUCACUGGAGACCAGCGACCGCCUGCUGGAGCUAACGACCGAGGGGCUGGCCGCAAGGCCCGGGGAGGACCACGCCCAGCCCUACCCAGACGGUGACACCGUCCCCUCUGAGAGGGACGUCUUUCCAGCCUACCCAGAGGGGGAGGUCGUGCUGCAGGGCCACUCAGAAAACUACCCUCCCUUGAGCCGUGGGAGGCAGGUUGUGGGGGUGGACGAAGAUGGCAGCUUUAACCCAGAGGGGUUCACGUACCACGCCACCAGCACGGAGACCUGCGCGUGGAACCACGGCCAGUGCUCCCCACAUGGCUUCUGCACCCCCUACGCCACUGGGUUCUGCUGCCACUGCCAGGCCAAGUUCUAUGGGAACGGCAGACACUGCCCGCCAGGAAUCCUCUGGCUGGUCUUUGGAGCUCUCCUGAAAAGGCCACCGGGUUCAUUACUGGGGCAAGAGGCAUUUUCCCCUCUGGAGACUAAGGCCAGAACCAGUAGGGAGUUUAUCUAUGAAAAUGGCUGUAGCAGAGCUUGGUUUUCUUCCCUUUCCUUUGUAGGUGCUAAAUUCACCCACAACUUGGAAGUCACCUUUUACCCGGGGGAGGAGAAGGUCCAUAUCACUCAAACAGCCGAUGGCCUGGGUCCAGAAAAUUACCUCAGCAUUACGACGCACAUUGAGGGCCAGCUGCCUUUUAUCCCAGAGAACUUCACUGUCCACAUUGCUCCCUACAAGGAACUGUACCACUAUUCUCAUUCAGCCGUGACGUCCUCUGCUUACCGGCAGUAUUUCCUCACCUCCGGGAGUGUCAACCAGACCUUUGCCUACCAGCUCCACCAGAACGUCACCUUCCAGGACUGCCCGCCCGCCCGGCACCACAGGCGCCCCCCCGCCGUUCAGCUGCUGAGCGUGGACCGGCUCUUCGCGCUGUACAGCGAGGAGGAACGGGUCCUGCGCUACGCCAUCACCAACCAGGUCGGCUCCGGGGAAGGUGGGGCCGACAUGAGCGCCGUGAACCCCUGUUACGACGGCACCCACGCCUGUGACACGUCGGCGCGCUGCCAGCCGGGCGCCGGGCUGGAGUACACCUGCGAGUGCACGGCCGGCUAUCGGGGAGAUGGCAGAGACUGCGCGGACAUCGACGAGUGUGCGGAGGGGGGCGGCCGUUGUGGCCCCCCCCCCGGGGGUGUCCACGGCUGCUGCUGCAGCUGCGUGUGCCUCUCCGGCUAUACGGGCAACGGGCACGACUGCGCCGACGUGGAUGAAUGCGCCGAAGGCAGGUGUCACCCGGCCGCCGCCUGCUCCAACACGCCCGGCUCCUUCUCCUGCCGCUGCCAGCCAGGCUACCAAGGGGACGGCUUCCAGUGCACUCCUGGUGAGGGCCAAGGGCGGAGGCAUCGUACCGUCAGCGCGGUGUGGGCAGGGCCACGCACCCGGUCGGAGCCGGGCGACCCGCCUCCGUGUCUCCCCAGCCUUGCUCCUCCCACCGUCCAGCCCACUCCACGUCCUGACGUGACCCCGCCCGCCGCAGGCACCUACCUGCUGUAUGCCCAGGGGCAGCAAAUCGGCUCCUUGCCGCUGAACGGCACGAGGCUUCACAAGGAGAUGGCGAAGACCCUGCUCUCGCUGCAUGGUUCCAUCGUGGUUGGACUAGAUUACGACUGUCGAGAAAAAAUGGUCUAUUGGACGGACGUGGCUGGUCGGACAGUUAACCGAGCAAGGCUAGAACCAGGGGCUGAACCCGAAACCCUUAUUAACUCAGGCCUGAUGAGUCCCGAAGGACUCGCUGUCGACCACAUCCACAGAACCAUGUUUUGGACAAAAUCCACCUUGGACAAAAUUGAGCGUGCAAGAUUGGACGGGUCUGAGCGCCGGGUUCUGUUUGACGCAGACCUUGUGAAUCCUCGUGCAAUCACCGUGGAUGCCGUGAGAGGCAACCUUUACUGGACAGACUGGAAUCGUGAAGCACCUAAAAUUGAAACCUCAACUGUAGAUGGCGCAAACAGAAGGAUUCUGGUGAAUCAAGACAUCGGCUUACCAAAUGGCUUGACUUUUGACCCUUUCUCCAAAUUGAUUUGCUGGGCAGAUGCAGGAACCAAGAAGCUGGAGUGCACGUUCCCGGACGGAACCGGAAGGCGUGUCAUUCAGAACAACCUCAACUACCCCUUCAGCAUUGUCAGUUACGCCAAUCACUUCUAUCACACUGACUGGAGAAGGGACGGCGUCAUCGCUGUGAAUAAAGCCAGCGGCAUCCUUACCGACGAGUAUCUUCCAGAGCAGCGAUCACACCUCUAUGGAAUAACAGCAGUUUACCCCUACUGCCCAGGCGCAAGAAAAUAAUCAGCUACUUAAAAAAAAAAAAAAAGUCCAGUCUUUCCAAAUGGAGGAAGAAUUCCAGACCCAGGAAAUUAUCCCUGCCUACAGUUCAAGGGAAGGAAUUCAUCACAAAGGCAAUGAUGUGAUCUACUUUAGUGCAAAAGAUUAUCAAGUAUUUUAAGUUAUACCUCAAUCUUUACUACUGUGUGGUUUUUUUUAAAAGACAUUUUGAUAUAUUGCAAGACAAUAAAAUGGCUCUAGGAAUCCUAUGCCAUUACUCUAACUUUUGCUUAUGUAAGCAAUUUUUAAAAAGUCUUAACUUUAAGCCAGCGUUUUGUUUUAUUGGCAGGAACGAGAACUUACCACAAAUAGCCAAAAAGUUAAAUCAGCAUGGAAAGACUUUAAUGCAGUGUCAUACCUGGGUCAAUUCCCCUACAGCCCUGAUCACGGGUGUAUUUUAGAAACUGCGCCAAACUAUCAUGGGAAAUGGCAAAUGCAUUAAGGAUUCUCUAGCUCUUUUCCUCUGCCUUGAUGCAUGUCUUUUAGUAUUUAUAUUAGAAGAAUAUGCUAAUCUGAUGUUCCUUAAGUGCCUCUAGAGAACUACUCAUUGUUGACCAAUACAUGUUCAUAAAAAUCUGUUGCAUUGUAACUUUUUUUUUUAUUUGGUUACUUCAGUAAUUAAAGUGUCUGUUUUCAAUUUUCAA